GAUGAACUGAUGACGAGCGGGCAGAAGUCAUCUGCUUCACCGAAGAAAACAUAACAUAUGCGGAAAAUGGCGACUUCAAAAGAGAAUGGUGCAUUCGAAGUGGCCCCUUUAAGAAGUUUAGAUGACUUUAUGUUAGAAUCAGCAAGGUUUCAAGUGCCAAAUUUUCGUGAUUUAGAUAAAUGGGGGAAGAGGGUUUACAACAACCUUGUUUACUAUCAAUCAAACUAUUUCUUACUGGCUCUAGCUCUCUUUGCACUUGUCGGGCUUAUUCAUCCCCUCAAGAUGUUUCUUGGAUUGUUUGCUAUUUGUGUGGCAUGCAGUCUUCUUGUUGCGGCUAGCAACGGUGGCCCUCAAGUAGCUAAAUUUAAGCAAGAGCACCCAAUCAUCAGUGUCAUCGCCAUUCUUGUUGGGGCUUAUUUUAUCGUUUACCUUCUGGAUGGAAUUUUAGUGUUUCUUCUGGGUAUUCUACUUCCAUUUUCAGCUACAUUUGUCCAUGCAUCACUACGCUUACGUAGUUUGCGUAAUAAGCUUACCAACAAGAUGGAACAAAUUGGACUUAAGAAAUCAACACCAAUGGGAAUGCUCUUGGAUGCCUUGGGAUUUGAAGCAGAACUUAUUGACUGACCGAGGUGGAUAUUAACUAAAUUUUGCAUUUGCUAGUCCCACAAGUUAGAAACAUUUUGUGAUAUUAUUUGACUUCAACUUGUGUUGAGUAGCAAUAACCUGGGGUUAUGAUCCUUUAUAAUAAUGCUUCUUUAGUCAUGGUAAAUGCUUUUGAGAAGCCAUAAAUGUCUUGAUGGCAAGA